ACGUCCCGGCGGUUCCCAAUGGCGCCACGCUCGUGCAAGAAAUCGAGACGCACAGCAGGAAGCCGUUUCUCGCUCGAGGCGGAGAACAUCGGAGCGCGCGCCGCGGCGGACUGCUCCAGAAUUCGGGCCGCGACGGACCUCUCCGGACUUCGCGCCGCGGCGGUCCUCGCCAGCACCAGUGUCUGGUCGAGGAGGCGGAGGCCGUGGGAGCUGACCUCGCGCGCACGGCGUGGUGUCGCAGGAAGCACCUUGGACUGCUCUGCCACACGCUCGCCGUGGUCUACUCUGCCUCGCGCUCAACGGGGACUACUCUGCCUCCAAACCAGCGUGCAGCCCCACAAGACUGGAUAAUGUGCUGAUGGUUUUGGCAUUUACUUUGUGAAGCAGCAUGGCAACGAGAAGGCUCCAGUUUGGUGAAGUAGGAGAGCAGGGAGAUGUUCCGGUGAGAAAAGAACAGGAAGUCAUUGUCGAAGAGGCAACAAGGUGCAAUCUAGGGAUGCAGCAGGAUGUAUCAGAGAAUCAAGGAAUACAGGGGGGGUUUCAAAUGAAAGGAGGAUGAACAUAGACGAAGGAAUACACACACCACAUGCAUCGAGCAUGACCGAGGGUGAAGAAGGAUGUAGCAGAAAUAUAAUCACACCGCCUGCAACUGUUGACCCAUCUGAUAUUCAGACACCGAAUCCUGGACAUAUAUACACACAUAGAGACGACAUGGACGAAGCUUGGAUUCCAAGAGUGGGUAGGUGCUUCAAAUCAGAGGAAGAAGCACAUGAAUUCUACUGUACAUAUGCUGAAAAGGCAGGUUUCGAGCCAAAAAAGGCUAACAAGUCAGGGAAUACUAGGUACUUUAGGUGCAAUCGUUUUGGAAAAGGAGAGUACUACAAGAAAGACGAGGCAGAACGAAAAACGGGCAAGACAUCAAAGAAGACAUCGUGCCUGGCGAUGAUAAAGCUAAAGUUUAGACGUGAUGAAGAAAGUAAUGAAAAAGUAGCGGAGAUAGAGCAGGUCAGACUAGAUCAUAACCAUGUGUUGCUCCCAAAGCCUACAGAGACAAAACAGAUGAGGGCGCACAAGAACAAAGAUCCUCUGCUUCUAGACUAUGUUGAUGACCUACAAGCAAAUGACGUUCCUAACCAUUGCGUUAGAAACAUAAUAAGAGGUAUGCAUGGGGGUGAGGAGAACAUAGCAAUGACCGACAAAGAUCUGGAAAAUAGAAGGGCAGCGAAUAUGAGGGCGGAGCAUGCUAAUGACGUGAACAAGCUGAUGGAAUUCUUCAAAGACUGUGAGGCAGAGAACCCCCAAUUCCGGUGGGAGGCAAAGCUUGACACGAAUGGAUGCAUACACAGCAUAUUUUGGAGCCAUGCAAGCAUGCAAGGGGACUAUAUAGAUUUUGGUGAUGCAAUGACAUUUGAUACAACAUAUAAAACAAAUAUUUAUGAUAAACCACUAGCUAUGUUUGUUGGCUCUGACCAUCACCUACAUAACACCGUUUUCGGGUGUGCACUGCUCGGAGAUGAAAAACAGGAAACAUUCGAGUGGGUUUUCAAAGCAUUUAAAAAAUGCAUGGUCAAGAACCGAACAAAAUGUAUUCUGACAGAUGAAGAUACAGCUAUGGAAGCAGCAAUCAAGAAGGAGUUUCCAGGGAUAACUCACAAAAUAUGCAGGUGGCAUGUAGUAAACAGGCUAUCUUCGGAGCUGAACAAAUUGUAUGAAAGGUACAAGAAACGAGACUUCAAGCAAAAAUUUAAUUCGGUGCUAAACCAUCCACUAACACCUUGGGAGUUUGAGGCAGCAUGGAAUAAUCUAAUAGCAGAAUUUAAACUAGAAGAAAAUACUGCACUUCAAAGCCUUUAUGAUCAGCGCAAAAGGUAUAUCCCAGUCUAUUUCAAAGGUGAUUACUGUGGAAGAAUGGCAUCCACACAACGCAGCGAGAGCACUAAUUUUAUUAUGAAGAAGUGUUUUGUGGGAAAGAAAACAGCAUUGCACAGGUUUGCGAAGCAAGUACUUAAUUUUUUGCAUACAAGGAGGAUGAAGGAAGGUGCGGAGACUUACCAUGGAACGAGCAAGACCCUUACAAAGACCAAAUGGGAAUUCGAGAUACAAAUGGGAAGAAUUUACAGUAGAAAUGUGUUUAAAGACUUCGAGACAAAACUGUUUGAAUGCACUGCAUAUAAGAUUGAGGACGAUACAGAUGCAGGUAGGAAUUACUAUCUAAUAUGUCAUACACACAAGACUACGAAGAUAUGUUGGGGGCAACACAAAUUUAAAGUACGAGCAGACAAAGAGAAGGAUGAUUUCAGCUGCGAGUGCAGGGAGUGGGAGCACACAGGCCUAUUCUGCGUUCAUUUGCUGCGGACCUUCAUUCACAUACAAAUUGAUAAAAUACCUGCGAAAUACAUUUUCAAGAGGUACACCAAGUCAGCAAGGAGAGAUGUGGCAUUUAGCAGGGAAGACAAGAUUUUAACAGGAGACGAUGGAAACACAAAAAACUAUAGAACAAAAUUGCUACUGAAAAAGAGCACAAAAGUUGUCCAAGCAGGUAGCAUGUCGAAGGCUGCGUUUGAAAGAGCAAUUGAAGGGAUGGAUAGCGUGUUCAACGAAAUAAAGGACAUCCCGCAUGAUAUUGGGCCAAAAAAAAAACACGACAGGAAGAAAUACAACAGGACAGGAAACAUAUAGGCAAGGAGACAGUGACGAAGACAUGUGCGGGCACAAUGAAGGUACACAGGAAAUUGGGCAAACAAGUAAUGCAGUUGUCACGGAAAAUAAUCCAUGUCAUGACCACUUGAACAUGGCAUCAGGAGAGGCAGUGGGUGAGGGAAAUAAAGGGGAGUCCAGCGAUCAGGACACUACAGUAGCACUCAAUGUUGGCGUAACCCAGGAAAGCGGGAUUUCAAUGGAACGACCACCUUGUGCAAAGACAAAGGGACGUAGCAAGACAUUAGCCGAAAUGAAUGAAGUCACUCUUGGAGCACAAGGAGAAAAGAAGGGAACCAGAAGAUGCAGCGUGUGUAAAUUGAAGUCAACCCAUAACUCAGCGACAUGCCCAACGUUGCAAAAGAAUAAAGAGCGCCUUGAAGCGAUGAAGAAUAAAAGGAGGGGCAGACCUGCGGGAGCAAAGAACAAGCAGAACAUGUAUGAUCAUGGAAACAAUAGGAAGGAACUGGAGGAAAGGCCGCUGCAAAGGAGGAGGCUUUUGGAAGACAACUCUUACAUAGGAAUCCCUAGUAAUUCCGAGGAUGAUGAUGAAUAUGUAGAUGAUGACCGGCAGGAGGAACAAGCCAUCAGUGGCGGGAGUGAGUAAUAGAAGUGAUGCAGGAUUUAGUGUUGCAUCACUAUAAAAGCUAAAUAUUGUAUUGAAUGCAGUCUUAAAACUCCUAAUCAGUAGUGUACUCCUGUAUGCUUGGAAAGUAUUAGUUGAAUGUUAGAACUAAAGUCUUCAAUCAGUGUCAGCCUUCCCUAGGAUUCCAUGUACAUUGAAGUGCUAAUAUUUUAGGACAAUAUUUGUGCAUUUGCAAUCAGCAUUAGUUUGGUUCAACAAAGAGGAUAAUUUUAUAUUU